AUGCCGGUGUUUGGGCGACGACGGACGCUGGCGCUUCUCGUCGCCGGCUCGAUUCUGCUCUUCCUGUACUCUUUCCGCGACCGCUUUGACGACGACCUCCUGCUGACCCCACUGGGCGGCGACAUCGCCCACGCCCAUGACGGACUACCCAACGGCGCCAUCCCAUUGCCCAAGUCCAAGUCGAAAUGGGCCCGACUCAAAACGCAAUUCCCCGUUACCGACAUGCGGGCCCUUCCGACCGGCGAGCCCCUCGUGCUGCCCAAGAUCCAAAAAGAUUUCGACCCCGAAUCCGAAUCCGAGCGCACGAUCCGCCUCCAACGCCGAGACGCCGUCAAGGCGUCUUUCCAACGCUGCUGGCAGUCCUACCGCAAACACGCCUGGCUCAGCGACGAACUGACCCCCGUCACGGGCGACCGGUACGAUCCCUUCGGCGGUUGGGGCGCGACCCUCGUCGACAGCCUCGACACGCUCUGGAUCAUGGAUCUCAAAGACGAGUUCGCCGAAGCGGCCAAAGCGGCUGCGACCAAGAUCAAUUUCGACCGCGUCCCGUCGUCGCAGGACGUUAAUGUGUUCGAAACCACCAUCCGCUACCUCGGCGGCUUUCUCGCCGCGUACGACCUCAGCGGCGACAGGCGCUUGCUGGCGAAGGCCCGCGAGGUCGGCGAGCUGCUGUAUGUCGCCUUCGACACCCCCAACCGCAUGCCGAUGACGCGCUGGAACGCGUGGGCUGCCGGAUGGGGCAAGACGCAGCGCGCCGACGACCAUGUGCUGCUGGCGGAGAUUGGCACCUUCUCGCUCGAGUUUAUUCGGCUGUCGCUGCUGACGGGCGAUCCGAAGUGGUUUGAUGCGGUGCAGCGGAUCAUUGAGCCGCUGCGGGCACAGCAGAUGGAGACGAGGCUACCGGGGAUGUGGCCGAUUGUGGUGAACGCGCGCAAGGCGGACUUUCGAAACGGUCAGGAUUAUACGCUGGGGGCGAUGGCGGAUUCGCUGUAUGAGUACCUGCCCAAGACGCAUGCACUGGUGGGCGGGCUGUUACCGGAGUAUCGGGAAAUGUAUGAGAUUUCGAUGGACACGGCGAUGCGGGCUAAUCUGUUCCGACCGAUGCUGCCGGAUGAAGCGGACGUGCUGGUGUCGGGAGUUAUGGCUGUGCGUAUUCAGGAGAAGAGCGAGGUGGUGCGCCAGUUCCGGCCCGACGCGCAACACCUGGUGUGCUUUGUUGGCGGUAUGUUUGCUCUGGGGGGAAAGUUGAUCGAGAACUCAACCCACGUCGAAGUCGGCUCCAAGCUAACGGACGGUUGUGUCUGGACCUACCGCGCAUUGCCUUCUGGUAUCAUGCCCGAGUCGUUCAACAUGCUGCCUUGCGAGGACCGCAAAAAGUGCAAAUGGGACGAAGACAAGUGGCGGAAGGCGGUGCUGUCGAGGGCUGGAUUCCACGGAAACGCCGACCCGAAGCAGGCGGACGAAAUCAUCAAGAACAAGCGGAUCCCCAAGGGUUUCGUAUCGAUUGGAGACACACGCUAUGUCCUACGGCCAGAAGCUAUUGAAAGCGUGUUCAUCUUGUAUCGGAUUACAGGACGCAAAGACCUACUGGAGUCGGCAUGGGAGAUGUUUGAGGCCAUUGAAAAGCAUACCAAGACGCCGCUGGCAAACUCGGCGAUUGAGGAUGUUACCCUGGGCGGGGGCGAGGCACAGAAGAGCGAUUCGAUGGAGAGUUUCUGGCUGGGAGAAACGCUCAAGUAUUUCUACCUCAUCUUCAGUGAGCCGGAUCUGAUCAGCUUGGACGAAUAUGUAUUUAACACGGAGGCGCAUCCAUUAAAAAGGUUGGUUCCCGGAGGGAGUCUAUAA